ACCAAUAGGUCGGCUACCAACCGCCAAUAAAAUCCAAAGAAGAAGAAGACAAAGGAGAAGAUAGCGCAGCGUGAAACAGGACUCACACAGAGGAAGAAAUAGUGGAUAAAACUGCUAAGGAGAGGAAGAUUAUAGUUUUAUGUCAACUUGGCGAAGAGGAAUUCAGAGCACACUACUGGAGACUGAGCCUAUACUGGAAUAUUCCCAUCAGUCUACAAGUGAGGACGAGCAUCAGACCUUCAGACAGAAGUCAAAUCUGAGUUUAUUGAAGGACAGUGGGAAGAUGAGUGAUCCAGAACCCUGCAGAAUUACAGAUGAAGACACUGAAGAACAAACAGACUUUACUGAAGAGAGUGAGGAGAGUGAAGAUGAUGAACUCCUAAAAGCUGGGAAAACACCUCAUUUACAGACUGAAGAUACUUUAAUGCAAAGAGACAAGAAUCGUUCGACCUGCCGUCAGUGUGGAAAGAGUCUGGCAAACAAAAGGAGUCUUAGUCAACACAUGAUGAUCCACACUGGAGAGAAACCAUUCACGUGCACUCAGUGUGGGACGAGUUUUAGACAUUCAACAUCCCUUAAAGAACACAUGAAGAUCCACACUGGAGAGAACCCAUUUACAUGCACUCAUUGUGGGAAGAGUUUCAGACUCAAAUCAUCCCUUAAAGAACACAUUAUGAUCCACACUGGAGAGAGAAAACACAGAUGUGAUCAAUGUGGGAAAACAUUUUUUAGGGCGUCAACGCUGAAUCGUCAUCUCAGAACUCAUACAAAAGAGAAGCCUUAUUCAUGCUCUGAGUGUGGAAAGAGAUUUACAACGCAGUCAAAUUUAAGACAACAUCAGAAGAUCCACGCUGGUGUCAAAGAGUAUAUGUGCUUUGAGUGUGAGAAGACUUUUAUUAAACCUGAACAUUUGAAACUGCACCAGAGGAUCCACACUGGAGAGAAACCGUACAAGUGUUCAUACUGUGAUAAGAGAUUCGCUCAUUUAGAAUAUCUGAAAUUACAUGAGAGGAUUCACACUGGAGAGAAACCUUACAAAUGUUCACACUGUGAUAAGAGAUUCAGGUCUUUAGCACAUCGGAAUCGGCACCAGAAGAUCCACACUAGAGAGAAACCGUACUCAUGUGAUCAGUGUCUGGAGAGUUUUACACACUCAGUGCAGCUUAAGAAACACAUGAAUAUCCACACAGGAGAAAAGCAGCACACAUGACAUCAAUGCAGAAGAACUCUCUGGUGUGUAAGGCUGUUUUGAAUCAGGAGUGAAGGUGAAAAGACCAUAAUCACACACAACAUUAAAAUAUGAGCAGAAAAACUGAUUUUGUUUGUUUAUUAGAGAAACUCUGAAUUCAGUUUUGAACAAUGUAAUGCUAAACUCAUUUCCAUUCUUGAUUCACGUUUAUCCUCUUUCAGUUCGUGACCUCUGUAGCUCCCUGGUUCAAUAAAGGCUUGACUCUUUCA